AAGAAGAACAAGGAGCCCUGGAAGUGAUGAUUUGGCUCCCAAAGUGCCCUUAUCUCAACAUUAUCGAGUCUGUCUAGGGUGACAUAAAGAGACAGAAGGAUUUGAACAAGCCUACAUCCACAGAAAAUCAUUGGUUAGUCCUCCAAGAUGUUUGGAACAACCUCUCUGCUGAGUUCCUUCAAAAUCUGUGUGCAAGUGUACCUAGAAGAAUUGAUGCUGUUUUGAAGGCACAAUUGCGCAAUGUACAUACAGCUGGCAGGUGACCAGUAAUGUAUAUAAAUACCAGUGGGGUCUCCAAACACCAGUCACUGGAUGCUCCUCCACCAUGAAGUUCUUCCUGAUCUGUGUGCUCCUCGGAGCUGCCGCUGCCUUUGAGGAUGAUGAUAAGAUCGUCGGAGGUUUCACCUGCACCAAGAACUCUGUUCCCUACGCUGUGUCCCUGAACUCUGGAUACCACUUCUGUGGUGGCACCCUGAUCACCAGCCUGUGGGUGGUCUCUGCUGCUCACUGCUACAAGGCGAGCGUCCAGGUCAGACUGGGAGAACAUAACAUCGCUACAAGUGAGGGUACCGAGCAGUUCAUCAACUCCGCCAAGGUCAUCAGACACGGCAGCUACAACUCCAGAACCAUGGACAACGACAUCUGGUUGAUCAAGCUGGCCUCCCCCGCCACCCUCAACUCCUACGUCAAGACUGCGUCUCUCCCCUCUGGAUGCGCAGGCGCCGGCACCAGCUGUCUGAUCGCCGGCUGGGGAAACACACUCAGCAGCGGCACCAACAUGCCAAACCUCCUCCAGUGCCUGAACGCCCCCAUCCUGACCUCCGCUCAGUGCAGCAGCUCCUACCCAGGAGAGAUCACCAAUAACAUGAUCUGUGUUGGUUACCUGGAAGGUGGCAAGGAUUCCUGCCAGGGUGACUCUGGUGGACCCGUGGUCUGUAACGGACAGCUCCAGGGUGUUGUCUCCUGGGGAUAUGGCUGUGCCCAGAGGAACUAUCCCGGUGUCUACACCAAGGUCUGCAACUACAACUCCUGGAUCUCCAGCACCAUGGCCAGCAACUAAACUCCAUCAAGAAAUAUCUACAGAGUUCUUUCCAUCUAUCACAUCU